CAGCAUUGGCGAGUCUUCUUUCAGCGCUUGCACUUCACUCGUUCAAGUGGAUCUACCCGAGCCGGUGAAGUAUAUUGGCCCUUGGGCUUUCUCUUCGUGCAGCUCACUUCAGAGAGUGAGUCUGGGUAGCCAUUUCACAGUCAUUGAUGAGGGGACUUUCGCUCACUGCCAAGCGCUCGUGCAAGUGAAUAUCCCCAGAUCAGUCACCACCAUUGGUUCCAGCGCAUUUCAGUCUUGCAGCAGCCUGAGCGUGAUCGAGAUUCCAGAUUCGGUUGUCUGGAUUGGUUCAGAAGCGUUUUCGUCGUGCAGCUCGCUGGUAGUUGUGCACAUUCCCGAUUCUGUCUUCGAGGUCCGCAUGCGUGCUUUUGCCUUGUGUACUGGUCUGAGACAUGUUACGAUCGGUUCAUCGUUGCAGAGCUUGGGCGUGGCACCUUUCGAGGGCUGCUGCAACAUAAAUGCUGUCGUCACUCGGUCUGAUGGCCUCACGGGUGUUUUCGACGAUUGUUCAAUCAUCACAGACGUAACUAUUGCUGCGGGUGGCGGCAAACAGUCAAUGUUCAGCAGUUGUGACCACGUGGUCAAUCUGAGCAUCUUGGCCGCAGAUGUUGCUUCGGAGGCAUGGACGGACUGCACGUCUCUGAAAUACCUGGACAUCGGCAGCGGCGUGCGUCACAUCGGCGAGCAGGCCUUCAAGAAUUGCUCGCAGCUAGCCUUCGUCUCUAUUGGUGGAUCGGUCAUCACGAUCGGAACCGAGGCCUUUCGGGAUUGCUCGUCGGUUACGUCGGUUGUCCUUGGCAGCAAGAUUGAAUACAUUGGAAAGGAUGUGUUCAGCGGCUGCCAUGCGCUGACUGCCGCCACCGUCCCGUCUCCGCUCCCCAGAAGCAUCGUCGAGGUCUUCGAUUGUUCCGUCCUCACCUUUGUGACGUUCCUUCGAUCAACAACCAGCAUCGCCGAGAAUACCCUUAGACAUUGCUCGUCUGUGGCUUCCGUGUAUAUGUUCGACGACGUCACGUCAAUCGGGCAAUAUGCGUUCGCAUCGUGCUCCAGCUUGUCUUCAGUCACGAUGUCUCAGUCAGUUCGCUCAAUAGGAGAAUCGGAGCAUUUCAGGGGUGCACGUCCUUGGUUCACAUGGAGCUCCCUGCCAACGUAACCGAAAUCGCUGGCUACACCUUCUUUGGUUGUAAUGCAUUGGAGAACCUGACAGCACUUGACCAUUCUCAUAUUGCAUCUAUCGGUGAAUUUGCUUUCCACGGUUGCUCACGUCUCAAGCGGAUCGACAUCGGUGAUUCUGUGGUUUAUGUGGGAAGCUACGCUUUCGCUGGCUGCUCAGCAUUGUCAUCAACGCCAGCUCUGAAUAGUCUUACAGAGCUGGGGGAUCACGUUUUUGCAGAUUGCACUGCCUUAUCGCAUGUUUUCAUUCCGGAGAGGGUUUUCGCCAUCCACCAGGGUGCAUUUUACAAUUGCUGUUCCCUGCAGAGUAUUGAAUGGGGCAUUCCAUUGAAUUGGGUGAGUAGCACGAUCACGAUUGGUAAGUCUGCUUUCAGGAAUUGCUCAUCGCUGAGAAACUUGAGCAUUCCAGCCGCAGUAGCAUGGAUAGAGGAAUAUGCAUUUCAAGACACUGGGCUUGAUGGGGCCACUUUCUUUCCGCGGGACGGCCGCAUCAUCGAUGAAUCAGCGUUCCCUCCUCUUGUCGUCACGGCAUGCAGCCCUGGAUUCGAGUUAAGCGUCCACGGGUGUACAUGCCCAGAGGGGACGAGAUUUUCGGCAAGGCUUGGUGGAUGCAGCCCAUGCGAGGAGUAUUUUGAAUGCCCUGGUGGGCACCUCGAAGCAGAUCCUGGCGUCGAUGACACGUCAGUUACAGUCAAGGAGGGUUACAUGACCCUGAGAAGUAGUCCGUUUUCAGUGUAUCAGUGCGUUCAAGCGCAGCGUUGCGCAGGGAACCGCCAAGUCUUAGCCAAUAUGUGCAGUGGAGGUUUUGAUUCGGCAUCAGCACGGUGUGCAGAAUGCUUGCCAGACAGGUACCUAAGCGAUGGAACCUGUCGGUUGUGCAGUGACGUCACCGUGGGGUUCGUCAUGGCCAGGUACAUCGUGAGCGGGGUGGCUCAGCUUCUAUUCACAAUCGCAUUCUAUAUCAUUGUUAACAGCCCUAGCUCAGACAUGCGAAUCGCUGCAAACCAAGGAAUGUUUGAAUUGCUGGUCGACUUUGUCCAGAUUAUUCAGACCCUGAGUCGCCUAGACAUCGUUGUACCGCCCGUCCUUCAAAGCUUCUUUGAUUUUUUUGGUAUCUUCACCAUCCCUGGCUUCAUCAAAAAACUGAGUUUCAAGCCCGAGUGCACUUUCGGCCCCUUUGGCGGCAGUAUUACGUUCAACAUAUUGCAAGAGACGUCGACGCCGCUCGUACUCUUCGCAAAUCUUGCGAUGAUGCAAGUCGUAUUCGUCAUGUGCGGUGGGACUCUGAGGCGUGAUUUUGUGCACAACUUGAUUUGCCUUGUAUUCGCGAACUUGUUCAUGUCUUUGGUGGUUCUCUCGCUUUCGUUGUUCUACACAGAGCGAAUGCCCAAUGGCAAGGACAUGGUUAUCGCUUUCCCACAGUUGGAGUAUGGCUCCCCUUCGUGGAUGCUGUAUCUGCCGAUAAACUUGUUCGCCACAUGUUUGUAUGGGCUCACGACCUAUAGCUAUGUCGUGUAUGCUGUGCUCACUGCACCCAGGCGUGUGGGCACCGAACCUGGUUUUCUUGCGCGGUACAGGUUCUGUUUUGGCACGAAGCGUCCGGACCGCUGGUGGUGGAUCAUGGUCAAGAUGUCCUUAGGAUUAUCCCUUUGCCUAGUGCAGGUGGUCCUUCCGGCCGACAAUUUGCAUUCCCAUGUGUACACGAGCGCGUUGUUAAUGAUUCUGGUGAGUGUGGUCAUUUACGGUUCUUGGCCGUGGAAGUUCGACUCCAAUAAUUGGGUAGAUUACGUAUGUAAAAUUGCGUUGUUGAUUCUUUUGAUGCUCACAACCUCUUUCAUCGACACGGACAGCGUCACAAAGUCGGAGCGCAACCAAACGAAUAAUAUUUGGGCGCACCUCGCUGUUUUUACCUUGACCAGUGCUUUCGCCUUUGCCCUCGCCCUUUUCAUGAGAGAUGUCGCUUCCUCCAUGAAAAGUGUUCGCAUUAAGCGGGUGAAGACAGCACGGGCCAUGUGGCACCUUCGCGACAUGUCGCUCGCGUUGUUGAUGAUGCCGGAGGAGGAGUAUGCCAGGAGGCUGGCCGCUAUUGGUGACACCGAUCGCGCCCUGAUCCUGGGCGUGACGAAGACCAUCAAGAAUGUGAUGUUCGGUCAGCAGGAGAGUUCGGGCUGGAUGCGCCAGCGGCUGAUAGCCGGAAGGGAGCUCGAGGUGUGGGACCAUGGUCGGAGGGUGCUCGGCUUUCUUCGGGAGUCGAGGUCAGGCCGCCUGCGCGAGAGACUGGACCAGAGCAUGCGGUUUCGCAUGUGCGUGCUGAAGUUGGCCAAGGCAAUACCGCAAUCAGAGUCUACGUCGUCGCUUCUAGUGUCAUCCCGCGGCAGCAUUGACCACCGCCACUCGGCAAUCCGAGGCGUUCUGCAAAUGAGGCGCCUUGGCUCAGAUCUGGAGGACAAUCGCAGAUCGGAUCAAGAUCCCUUGCAAAGCAGCACGAGAUCUUUUCAGCAGAAGAUUCAGUCGAUUAGGCGCAAGGUCUUCACGGAACCAGAGAUGACGCGAGAUCGCUUCAUAGAUACGAUUUCCAGAAUGGUAGACUUGAGUAUGCCUGAAGACGAGAUUGACAUGCUCUUCAGCGUCCUGGACAGCAACGGGUCGGGCACCGUUACCCACCAGAAGCUCACCGAUUUGCUUUCGGCUCUGGCAGCUGACGAUGUGUUGGCAGCGGUAGCUGGCGGCGACGAAGACGGCGAUGUGCUUGAGCUCCAUGGACAUGCAGCAAUUGUGGGUCCGCCGUCGGUGAAACAGGAAAACGAGGACGAGCUGGUGGCAGGGGAGGCGCCGUCGACGACGGCCACAGGUUCGAUGGCCCUGCAAGAGAGGAACGUGGGCCAGGGCGAGCGUGCGGCCUCGAUGGGCGCGGCGACCGCAGCCCAGAAUGUCGACGAGGACCCCGUGGAGCUCUGACCCACCCGCGCAGCAGUAGCAAAGCGUUCCUUGCCCAGUAGCAUCUGGCAGCACCCUUCAGCGUGUGAUCGAGAGUGAACCAGAUCGGGCGACCCCCCCCCAGAGCAGGACAGCCAGCCCUCGCUACUUUAAGAUCGCGGGGGUUGAGCAGGCAUUUUCCUCGAGCCCCUGCUGCUUUGCGAGUCUCGCUGCGACUCACCCCUCGAUAUCAAGGAGGAUGACAGCCAGGUAUGCAGUGCCGUUGUCUUGCAGCCUUGCCCGCCCUGGCGGCGCAGCAUGCGCCCGUCACAGGGCUGGGUGUGCGUCCGCGGCGACGCAUUCUGCCCUGCUGUUGGCGACUUUGGUGAUGGUUGCCGGCGACGGGUCUAUUUGGCCCGCGGCAGAAGGAGAGGGGAGGAGGAGGAAGCGAAGUGUAAUGGAGCCUUUUGUGGAUGCGCGGCAAUGUUCUAACUAACCUGUUGACGGGGAGCUCGACUGCCUAUCUUUCUUCUCGGCUUGGCUGACUGAAGACUUACGGCUUCGAACCAGCUGUAGCCUGAUCGAGAAAAUUUUGUCGGGUCUCGCUCCUGACAUUGGUGCACGUGCGACUCAAAAAGGCGAUUCUGCUUUUCCGCUACCGCACCAUGCUUACUACAGAAGCACGUGCAGAGGAUAUUAUGCACGGCAGAGGAGGAUGAUGGGGACUGUAAGACGAUACGCUUCCCUUAGGGGUGGAAGGUCCUCAGGUUGUUGCACCUUUUGCAUCUUUUGCACCCUUGGCGGGCCUGACGGCCAGCAGUAGGUUUUGAAGUACUUGCCUAGGCCAUAAUGUGCCGAAUUCGGGGGCACGGAUUGGGCACAGUUCUGGCGCAACCGGCAUGCCGAUUUGGAAAAACACAACGAAACGUUCACAUUUAAAAGCAAAUCCAUAUACUCAAGCACGCAAUGAAGCUGUUGCUGUACUACGAAGCCCAGACGGGGCCUGGAUGGCCCGUCCGCUCCGACUCGAAUCGCUUUCCUCGCGCAGCCAAUUUUUUGUUUGUUUUGUUAAACUAAUUUUCCAGCCCCAGCCUGUGCAGCGUUAUGUUUGCGCGAUUUUCGCCCUAGGUGUCAUGGUCCAGACAGCGGGUCACAGAGUGCCCGUCCGUUCCGACUCCAAUCGCUUGCCCUCGCGCAGUCAUCGUACUUUUUAUCAGCUUGCAAGUCCCCAGUCUGUGCAGCGUCAUUAUUGCGCGGUUCGCCCUAGGUGUCAUGGCUUGGAUAGCGGGCCGCACAGCAUCUGAAGCAGGAACACUUUCUGAGGUAUAGUAGGCUAGGCAUCCUCUCGGCCACCUGGGUUCAUGGCUGGUUUUCUGCCACGAGUAUAUCGUUUUUGGGCUUGUUUUCCACGCUCCAGCCUCUACACUGCGGCAUCAAGACGACCAUAGGUCCAUGUCGCGCGAAACAUUUCAAUCUCUAUAUAUGUCUGCAUCUAUUUCCCUCCGCCUGCGCUGAGAUGAUCGUCGCCGCCACGGCAGGAUGCGCUAACAAUGC